AUGCAAUUAAUUCUAUUGAUGCCACUUAAAAUCUUAAAAAAUAGAAAAUCAAAGAAUAUUCACCCUUUUACCGUGUUUGUAAAGAUUGAUUAUAUCACUGGAUUGGGUGAAAUCUUUGGUAAGAAUUGUUUGUUUGAUGUAGAGUGGAGACGAGGAACAAAUAGAGGUGGAAUUCAAGAGAUACCAUUGGAUAAUUCUGGCGAUCUACGAACAUAUACAACUUUCAAAAUACCAUGUCACUUUACAAGAGAAUCAAAUUCCGAAGAUUUAGAUUCAAAAAGAUUAACUAUAUAUUUAAAAAAGAUGGGAAAGAAGAAAUCAAUAAAAAUAGCAAUAUUACAGAUUGAUUUAGCAAACAUUGUAAAUAAAGAUCAAAAUACACAACCAAAACAAUAUACAUCGACAAUGAAAGGUAUCGAUAUGGAUAUCAAACCAUAUAUUGAAUUUACUUCAUAUGCACAAGCAGGUUCAGCCGAAAUUGUCUCUAGUGAUCAGAUGUCAGAUAGUAGUUUCUCAAAUAUUCGAGACAAAGAAGCACCUAUUCCAACAGUUCCCGAUUGUUCAUUCACAGAUAGUUUAACAUCACCAAUUGUAGCCAGUAAAGAAUAUCACAAGAAUAACAUUAACAACAGUCAAAAUAGUGUUGAUAGUAGCAAUAAUAACAAUAACAAUAACAAUAAUAAUGAUGUAGAUCCAUUCGAUUUUAGUUUCAACUCACCAACUGCUGCAGCUGCCAAUUUCCUCACUGAAAAGUCACCGACCGCCAGAAGAUUCAGUCACUCAAGCUCACAAGAUAACUACAGCAGUAGUAGCAAUGCUCAUUCUUCAUCGUACGGUGCACCAAGUGGAGGAGGUGUCAGCACUCCCCAGAUGUAUCUUGCCAGUGUGACUUCGCCACCACCCAAACAAGGCGCUGGAGUGACUUCACCAAUUAGAAAUGACAAUAACAACAACUCUCUGUCAGAAUCGAUGAAAUCACCAUACAUUGAUAACAAUGGUGGUUAUCCAGCUCCCAAUGGCGAUCCCUAUAUACUGUCACCGGUUCAAUCACCGAUUCCACCCAACUCUCCAAUGCCCGAACGAAGAAUGUCGACCGACGACAGAAAGGCUGGCAAAAAGAAAGGAAAGCGUCACGAUAAUCUACUGCAAUCGCUUCAUCGUGAUAAUCAUACUGGAUUCUUCUCACGUAGAAGACAUUCAAUAUCUGAUCCUGCGUCGUCUGCACAGUACAGAAAGGAGCUAGAGUCAAGAGGCUCACCUUCCUCUCAGCCUUCGCCAUUCGCUGGUGGCGAGUCAUCAACCGAAGAUAAAUCAAACAGUUUUAUUCCAAUUCAAUCUGUUUUGUACUCGAGAAGUGGUGACGAGAGAUUAAAGUUCCUCAACGAAGAGAUGAUAUUGUAUAAACGACCAGAGUAUAGUGAAGGUGUACCAGUAUCCUCUAUCAUUGUUUACAAGUGUCUAUUCGAAUGGAAGGAAUUCAAUCCACAUAAUCAUAUAUGUUUAGCAAAAGUAAUGGAAUCAUUAGAUUAUCUAUCAUCUAUGGAUAAUAUGGAUAAAGAAACAUCGUGUUAUUGGCUAUCCACUUCCUAUGGUCUAUGGUAUUUGUUGGACUGUACUUAUAAUCAGAGAAUCAAUAGUAAACAUUACGCUGCUGAGAAGUCACCCAAUGGCGAUUUAUCUGAGAACACAGAGUUCUCCAAUACCACCUCGGCCAUUAAUUUGAAACUAAUGUUCUCUGCACUAUCGCAAUGGAUACAAGAGAACAAACAACUAAACUUUUUCUAUUACUACAAGAUUGAAAUGUCAUUUUUACUCCAAUUAUUGGAUAUAAUGAUGAUUGAUAAAAAUACUCUCACCGAGGAAUCAGUUAGAAAAGAUAUUUGUCCAUCGAUUGGUUUAACUCAACUUGCAAUCUUGUUGAUCACGUUCACACCUAACGGUUGUCAAGAGGAAGUAGAUCCAGUGGUUAUUAAGAAGUUACAGGAUGCUGGAAUAAGAAACCAAGAGCUUCAAGAUACUUCCAUCAAUACCGAUAUAUUAUUUGACUUGCCAGAGAAUCCCGAACCAUCAAAGAGAAUAUUUGAUGUUAAAAUACCUCCAUCCGUAGUUCCCAAUAAGAAAUACAAAUUUGUCUUUAAACCAACAAUGGUCUAUUAA